AUGGAAAUCAAGCAGAAACUGCAUUGCAGGUUUUAUCCUCUAGCUUUUGGAGUUGUUGAUUCUGAGACGGAGGAGAAUUGGACUUGGUUUCUUCAACAUUUGGCUUCUAUUUUGCUACCGAUGGGGAGAGUGGUGACCUUUUUCUCGGAUCGCAAUCAAGGUUUGUUAAAUGCAAUGGGGUUUGUGUUUCCUGGAUGGCCUCAUUCUUACUGUUACUAUCACCUCAAACAGAAUUUGAUAUCGAAGUACCCGAAGUCAGGUUAUGGGAAAUCGCUCCAAGACCGUGUUAUCAAUUUAUUUAGUAGGUGCGCAUAUGCUGUUACAGAGGAAGAGUUUACGGUAGCAAUGGAGGAGUUGGUGAUUGUUGGGAGUUCGAAAGUGAAGACAUUUAUAUCUGAUUUGUCUAGAGAUCACUAUGCGAACGCAUAUUUCAAAGGAAUGCGGUAUGGGGAGAUGGCAAAUAGUUUAGCGGAGUCAUUUAAUAAUUGGGUUGGUGUGUUUCGAGAUUUGCCGGUUCUACCUUUGAUAGAAGGGAUUCGACAGAAAUUGAUGGUAUUGAAUUCUCAACGACUAAUUGAAGCGGAGAAGUGGACAACCAUUUUGUGUCCGGAGAUGGAAACUAGACUGUGGGAAAAUGCGGAGGCCGGUAGGACUUGGGUAGUUCGUCGUUCUCACCCAAAGUCCCUCCGAUCAAGCAAUUCGAAUAUUUCAUAA